GAGGGGAAUCGAAGACGAGCUUGAGGGGAAAAAGGGUCCGAGAGCUGGAGAGGAAAAGGGGGGGAACGCUGAAGAGAGAGAGGGGAAUCGGUGGAGGAGGAGGGGAUUUUCGAGGCAUGUGACGAGAAAAAAGCAAGAGGAGAAUGUUCUGAGAAGAAAGAAAAGGCUGAGAGGGAAAGGGAGAAGAAAGCUGGGCAUUCUGGGCCAAAGAAGAGUUGAAGAAGAGAAGGAAACAGAGCAGCAAGGCAGGUGGAGAGGGUAACCGAACAGUGAAAGUUUAAGAUAGAAAUCUUGUUGAGGUUUGCGGAGCAAGAGAAUGAUAUACACAGCAAUCGAUAAUUUCUACUUGACACAUGAGCAGCUAAUGAACACACCAUCUCGUAAAGAUGGUAUAGACGAAGCUACUGAAACUACUCUUAGAAUCUAUGGAUGUGAUCUCAUCCAAGAAAGUGGCAUUUUGCUCAGACUGCCGCAAGCUGUAAUGGCUACUGGACAGGUUAUAUUUCAGCGUUUCUAUUGCAAGAAAUCAUUUGCUCGUUUUGAUGUGAAGAUGGUUGCUGCUAGCUGUGUGUGGCUUGCAUCAAAGCUGGAAGAAAGUCCUAGAAAAGCAAGACAAGUUAUCAUUGUUUUCCAUAGAAUGGAGUGUAGAAGGGAGAACUUAUCCAUAGAGCAUUUGGAUCUAUAUUCAAAGAAAUUUUCAGACUUGAAGAUGGAGAUAAGCCGGACAGAAAGACAUAUUCUGAAAGAGAUGGGUUUUGUUUGUCACGUAGAGCAUCCUCACAAGUUCAUAUCGAACUACCUUGCAACCCUUGAAACGCCUCCAGAAUUAACACAAGAAGCUUGGAAUCUAGCAAAUGAUAGUUUGCGUACAACAUUGUGUGUUCGGUUCAAGAGUGAGGUUGUGGCAUGUGGAGUUGUCUAUGCUGCUGCUCGUAGGUUCCAAGUACCCCUUCCUGAAAGUCCACCAUGGUGGAAAGCAUUUGAUGCGGAUAAGUCUGGCAUUGAUGAAGUUUGUACGGUUCUAGCUCAUCUGUACAGCCUUCCCAAGGCACAGUAUAUACCAGUCUGCAAGGAGGGAAAUCCAUUUACAUUUUCCAGUAAAACUGGGGAUUCACAGUCUCAACAAGUUUCAAAGGAACUUCCACAGUCUAGCCCUCCAGCAGUAGUGAUAUCA